AAUAAAUAAGGUGUGGAGAAAAGGUCGUGAAGAACGGAAAGGAAGGAAGAGUCCCGUUUGGCGGGCCAAGGAACGCGCGUUGUCUCAUAUAAUAUACCACCAAAAUUAAGGAACAUCCCUAUACAACAAACCAGAACACACAGCAACGUUAAUUUUAACGAACAAACACGAAUCCAUGAUCAAUUAACCCAACGAAAAACCGCUUCUUUACCUCAAUUACGAAUCCCAAUAACUCUCCUCCACGCGCAGCCACUCCGCAGGGUGGUAAUGGGACCGGAGAAGAUCACCCUCGCCGCGCCCUCGCCCUCCUUCCGCCUUCGGUGCAAGAGCCUGAACUCGCUCCGCCUCCGCCGCAUCUUCGACAUGUUCGACAAGAACGGCGACUGCAUGAUCACGGUGAGCGAGAUCAGCCAGGCGCUGAGCCUCCUGGGCCUGGACGCGGACACGGAGGAGCUGGAGACCAUGACGCAGUCAUACAUCCGCCCCGGGAACGAGGGCCUGACCUACGACGACUUCGUGAGCCUGCACGAGAGCCUGGGCGACACCUACUUCGGGUUCGUCCAAAGCGAAGAAGAGGAGCAGCAGGAGUCGGACCUCUGGGAGGCCUUCAAGGUGUUCGACGAGAACGGCGACGGCUACAUCUCCGCCAGGGAGCUUCAGGUGGUCCUCGGCAAACUGGGCCUGGUGGAAGGGAACUUGAUAGACAAUGUCCACCGCAUGAUUGGGUCUGUUGAUACCAACCACGAUGGGCGCGUUGAUUUCUACGAGUUCAAGGAGAUGAUGCGCGCGACCAUUCUCCCCAGUUCUUGAUUUUCUUCUGUAGUUCUAAAUGUAAUUCUAUGAGCUUUUCUCUAUGUUAGGGACUCCCACCUUCGUUUGUACAACAUUCAUUAACUACUCUCUUUUCGCAAACAAAACUCAC